AUGAGGAAUCGAAGGUUCGCCCAGGUGUCUACGAGCGACGAAGACGAGGACACUCCGUCACGGCACCGGACUCGUUCGUCUGCCAAAUCGGAGGGCUCCGGCCGGCGGCUGAAGAGAAUCCGCCUCGCUGACGAAGAGGAAGACGAGGCGGUAGAAGAGAAAGGGAAGCGGAGGAAGAAAGGGAGGGAGGAAGAGGUCGAAGAAGAAGAGCCCGACGAGGAAGAAGAGGAGGAAGAAGAAGAAGUCCAGGAGGAUGCGAAGCCUGUAGGUGAACCUGUGAAGGUUACGGGGAAGGGGAAAAACCGCCGGACUCACUACAAGGGCUUUGAAUUCGAUGGCAAUCAAUAUGAGCUGGAGGAUCCUGUACUAUUGACUCCCGAGGAACAGAACCAGAAACCUUACGUUGCAAUCAUCAAGGACAUCACUCAGACAAAAGAUGGCAAUAUGAUGGUCACUGGGCAAUGGUUUUAUCGUCCAGAUGAGGCUGAGAAAAGAGGAGGCGGAAACUGGAUAUCAUCUGAUACCCGGGAGCUGUUUUAUAGUUUCCAUCAUGACGAGGUUCCUGCAGAGUCUGUAAUGCACAAGUGUGUUGUGCAUUUCAUUCCUGUUCACAAGCAGAUUCCUAAUCGGAAGCAGGAUCCUGGUUUCAUUGUACAGAAAGUUUAUGACACAGAUAACAAAAAGCUGUGGAAGCUAACUGAUAAGGAUUAUGAAGAUGAUAAGCAGCAUGAGAUUGAUAUUCUUGUUCAAAAGACUCUCUCACGUCUAGUAAAUCUUCCGGACAUCGAGGUUGAAGAUGCUGGCGCUGCGCCUUCUGGUGAGCCUGAAGAUCAGUCAAAGGUUAAAAGAAGUCUCCGGAGAAGGAACAUUUCACCUCUUGAUGUUUACAGGGAGGAAGAGACAGCUUCUGCAAGGGAUAGUCUGAGAGCCGAGACACCAGGAAGUUGCACAAGCAAUUCUGAAUUCUAUGCUAUCUUGGUGAAGUUUAAUGCAUUGACCGGAGACACCCACCGUGACAGGUGUUUGGAGAAGCUGCUACAGAGUGUUCAGUAUGCUUGCAGCUCCUCCACGGGUGGUGGUACAGAUGACUGUGUUAAAGAGAAACCUGGUUCAAAUGGGCAGAAUAAUGAAAAGGAGGACAAAUCCCAGAUGACUGCAAUUGAUGAUGCUCAACCGAAAAACCAGAAGGAUAGCAAGUCAUUCCCCUGGCCAGAUGCUGCUGUUCCUGCUGUCAGUGAUCUUGAGCGGGUCACACAUGAGACCCUGUCUGCUGAUAAGUACAACCAGAAGUUAAGACAACUUGUGUUCAAUCUCAAGAAUAACGAGCGCCUUGCUCAUCGUCUGCUGAAUGGAGAGUUGGAACCUUCCAAAAUACUGGCCAUGUCACCGACUGAGUUAAAGGAAGGGUCGACUGCAGAGGAAACAAAGACCAAUGAGCCCGAAGAAUCUGUCCGUAUGCAGAUGACUGAUGCUCGUUGCGGGCGUUGCAAUGAGUCGAAAGUGGGUCUUAGGGACAUCAUUCAAGCAGGACAUGGAGACCGUUAUCAGCUGGAAUGCAUUGGCUGCGGCAACUCCUGGUAUGCAUCAAGGGACGAAGCAUCCAUGUUGACAAUAGAUGGUCCGACUACCUCGAAAUCAGUAGGGAUUGCACCAUUGGCGACCUCAAAGUUUGAAGAGGUAGAAAAGAAGAUGCUGAGUCCUCGGGAAUCAGACAGGGCAACAGCAGCAGACUUUUCGAAGAAACCAGGAAAUGAGCCGCCGGCACAUGUACCACCUGUGCUCGAAACCCAGAAAUCGAUUGGGAAGUCCAAGGUAAAUGACGAGAAUCACGAAGCUGCCACCGCCUCGAAGAAGGAUCAUCCUCAGACGCAGUAA